AUGGUAUCAGUAAAGGGGGCCUCUCUGCAUGUCGUAGACAAAAAGAAAGUUUCUUGUUUUUUUGCGCCACACGCCCGCAUAAGAAGUCAAAGCAGCUCGGCAGAACCGGAUAGGGGGGGCCACAGCGAAUCGAAUAUAUCAAGAUCUUCGCGGAUGCCGGAAUCCAUCCGGUCAUGCUCAGGAAUAUCGAACUCUGUGGAUACAAGGUGCCAACUCCCAUCCAGAAUUCACCAUCCUUACUUCGCGGAUGCCGGAAUUCAUCCGGUCAUGCUCAGGAAUACCAAGCUCUGUGGAUACGACGUGCGAUUCUAG